AUGGACCUAAAAACGUACAGAAAAUAUAAACGAAGGAUUGCUCAAGCUGUAGCUAAAGUUGAUAAUAAACCACCAAAAUUUGAAGUAGACACUUAUUAUAAAAAGCGUAAUAUGAUCAUUGAUAUGAAUCGAACACAGCAGCUAGACAGAGACAACAUGGAUUUAUUAAGACGGAUGAACAUAAUUGUGCGACUGGGUGGAAACGUUGAUUGUUGGUUACCAAAGAUUAAAUAUACAUCAAAUCUUCCAAAUCCGGAUAUAAUUAAUAAAUCACAUAUGAAAAAUAAUAAAAUAUUGCUACAAAAAAUUCGUAGUGUUGGUAGUUACUACCCUGCUGGAGAGUUAAUACAGAGUUGGAAGGAAGCAAAAAAGAAAACGCAGCAUAGACAAAGAAACACACCGUUUCAUCGAAUUGUUUCGGGCUACUGGUGUCAAGGUGGAGAUGUUACAAAAUUCAACGGAAGUGGAGGAAUCUCUAUAUACGGAGAAUCAUUUGAGAAUGAAAAUUAUAACUUACGACAUGCUGGUCUCGGCAUUUUAUCCAUGUGUAGCGAAAAUGAAAAUACAAGCAAUUCCAAAUUUAAUCUUACUUUCAGACAGUUGAAAACAGUAGAUGGGAAACACGUAGUAUUUGGAAAAGUUAUUGCAGGUCUCUCUAACAUUUACAAAAUCGAAGAAUUUGGUACGAAAACAGGAAAACCGUUUAAAAGAAUAAUUAUAUCGAAUUGUGGCCAAAUAUAUAGAUAG